AACAACUGAUCGACAUUGUCGCGUGUGUCACGUGUUAAUACCAGGGCUAGCAGUGACAGCGCACAACGAUCAGAGCCAUCCGCAACACACAAAAGUGCAAUCAGCCGCCAUGAACUCUGCAGAAGCUGCACGAAGCCCCUCAUCAGACAGUGACGAGGAGGAGGAAGAGUACUCGGACAGCUCCGGUACAGGAUCGUCUGUAAUCUCUUGGAUCAGUUGGUUUUGUUCUCUUCCAGGCCAUGAAUUCUUUGCCGAAGUUCCCGAUGACUUUGUAGAAGAUGAUUUUAAUUUAACGGGCCUGCCGAGCAAUGUCUCUUACUAUAACGAAGCUCUGGACCUCAUACUGGAUCUGGAACCGGAGGACACAACCCAUGCUCCUCAAAUGACUGUUGUUGAAAGCUCGGCAGAGUUGUUGUAUGGGCUGAUUCAUGCUCGGUAUAUUUUGACAAAACAGGGGUUGCAGGCCAUGGGGGACAAGUAUCAGAAUGAUCUCUUUGGUCAUUGUCCGAGAGUAUUGUGUGGGGGAUGUAGUGUGCUGCCUUGUGGGAGAUCGGAUCAGCCAGGGAUUGAUACCGUCAAGAUGCUGUGUCCGAGAUGCGGGGAUUUAUAUCAUCCUAAGGAGCCGAAAUAUCAAAAUAUCGACGGCGCUUUCUUUGGCACAACAUUCGCCAACAUGCUUUUUCUAAACUACCCCGACCUUGUUCCACCUGUGAUUACCCGUCCUCCUCGUGCGUCAACUAUAUCGCGACGAAGCCCUCGCGACGGUGACGAUUCUGAAACUGAGGAUCCUGCAUACGACGAUAAUGAUUUCCUUGAUGAUGAUGAGGAUGACGAGUACGAUGAUGACCAAGUGGCUCCAUUGUCAAAUUACAGAAUCUAUACACCAAAGAUAUUUGGUUUCCGAGUCAGUGAGCGGAGUCGAGUGGGCCCACGUAUGCGAUGGCUGCGAUGGAAGGAAGGGAUUUCAACCGAAGGUCCGGAAUGGGGUAACGGGCUUGUGCAGCGGGAUGGCAAUCGGGGUGGCGGUGGUGGGACAAACUCACAGACAGUGGAGGAGGAUGGGAGGGUAGAUUGGAAAGAAAGGAGCGUACAAUAACAGUAGUAAUGCAUUGGCGCACCAGACACUAGUAGAAGCGCAUUACUUCAAUGGGUAACGCUCUUUGGCAUUGCCUUCUGGCGCACCUUGACCUAGCAUUUUGCUUGGACGUCCAUAAAUAAGCAUAAAGAGCAAUAAGGUGACCACAGGUGUCCUAAGAUUAAUGCCAAAUAACGAUACUAUACUAUAUACAAG